GUUCAGUUCAGUUUUGGCAGCGAGCGCAGUUCGACGUUGAAAAUUGCGGGCUGCCUUUUCAGCGGACCAUGAUGCCACGCAAAGGAGCCACGCGACCGAGCAAAACCAGAGAAAGUGUUCAGUAAAAAAUAAAAAAAAUAUAUGCGAAAAAAUAUAACCCGCGAAAAGUUAGCCAAUAAAUCGCACGACAACAAAUAAAAAGGUGAUAAAUCUGCUAUUAAUCGGUGGAAAAUCCACAUUCGAAACGUGAAACGAAAAGCAAACUUCAAAUUAAAUUGUGAAUUAUAUUACUAUUAAGUUCAUUCAUUCCAUUUUGGUGCUAACCAACAAUGCGCAACUAGGCGUAUACGUGAUACAAUUCAACCAAAGCCAAUACAUUAAGGCAGCCAAUUCAACAGCCAGCAUUGUUGCGUCUGAUAGAAUGAACACAACAGUAAUGACAUUGAAAUGGCGCCAGAAAUACAAAAGCAGAAAAAGGCCAAAGAAACUGAAACAACGAAUAAUUGCAACAAACACUGCCCCAGCAAUACAUAAAACAACAAAUGGAACCAGCAGACUGAGAGAAACGAGGUGCAAACUGAGGCAGCGCAGAAAAUGGCUGCCAAAUGAACGACACAGAAAUGUGGCUAAAAUGCUGAAAGUGCUGCAAACGACGACAAAUCCAACACAAUGUCGUGCAAUUAAAGCAACAGGAACACCAGCAACAUCCACAAUGACUUCCAGCUGCAGCGACCAUUGUCAGUCGCAAUCGGAGCAGCAGCAGCAGCAGCAGCAUAGAUUGCAGCAACCGAAACAGCAGCAACAUCAGCAGUUGCAGCAACAUCAGCAGCGGCGACAUCCACUUCCGGCGACCCUGACGCUGCUCCUCUGCCUGGGAAUCAGUUUGGGAAUGGCUGCCACAGCAGCUGCUGCCGGCGGAGGAGGAGGAGGAGGAGCUGCACCCGGUUCCGGAUCCGGAACAGCUGGCUCCCCAUCCAGCUCCAGCUCUUUGGGACCCGGCAAACCUGCCAAUUUGCAACUGGCACCCGGCUCCUCCUCGACGGGAUGCUCCCUCGCCGAAUUCAGCUGCUCCAAUGGAAGAUGCGUUCCGCUGAGCAAGUACUGCAACAAUCUGAACGAUUGCGGUGAUGGCAGCGAUGAGCCGCGAUUUUGCACACGCUGUAAUCGCACCUACUACGGGGACAUCGGCCAGACGUACUCCCUGGAGUUGCACCGCCCCAAACAGGAUCGCGUGCCCUUUGUGUGUGUGCUCACCUUCACGGCGGCAGGUGGCCAACAUGGCGAUGUGGUGCAGGUCACCCUGGACAGCUUCACGAUUGGCAGGUUCACCUCGUACGUUCAUGAGGGUUGUCCAGACGGAUAUAUGCAGAUAGCGGAGUCGGCGCGGACGCCCAUCGGUGGAAUGUGGUGCGGCAGCUCCUGGGGACCAGUGCUAUUCUACAGCGAAACCCGCUCCCUGAUAUUCACCAUCCGGCUGAACAGACUGGCGAGGGAUCAGAGUGGCUACAACUUCGACUUCCGCAUCAGAUACAAGGUUCUGUCCAGGGACAGUUCGGUGACCCGCUACGGGGGCAUUAAGCUGGCAGAGUUGGCCCAGUGGCACAACCGCAGCAGCUUCCUUAAUCAGCAACAGCAACAACAGCAGCAGCAGCAACAAGGUGGUGGUGGACCUGGUAUCCUGGAGGAUUUCACCAACUCCAGUGGAGCCCGUUCGGACCGUUAUGGCCAGGACUUCAGUCUGUUCAGCGCUUAUGCCAACAACAAGACCUUCAUGGCCUCGCUGGAAAAGUCUCUGGCCAAGGACGAGCAAAACUACACGGAGCCCAAAUACUAUUUGGGUGACCUUAUACCCGGAACGUAUUGCUCCAGGAUCUUCAGCGACUGCGACAAGAAGCCCUGCCGCCUGCAGUCGCCCAACUUUCCCGGCAUCUAUCCCCGCAAUCUCACCUGCUACUACGCAGUGCGACAGCACGACGUGCCCCAUGGCAAACACGCCCUGAUUCUAGUCAAACAGCCCAAGGGCAAUCUGGUCUGGAUCUCCACCCAGGAAACGGCCACGGCGAACAAAAUGGCACCGCCACCGAGUGCCAGCGACAAGGAUAAGAAAUUCGAGCCCAGGCUGAAAACAUGGAAUGACUGCGAUUACAUUCAGGAAAAUGUAAAGCCCAAAUGGAAAUCCACGGACUACGUGACCGUGUACGACGGCUACACCACACGUGACCCCAUCAUAUUGAAGUUUUGCGGCGGCGGUCAGGCAGUGCCAGCGGCCGUUUCCAGCGGCCCGGAGCUUUUGGUCGAGUUCAGCACGUCCCCGUUUGGCACCUUCACCGGCACCUCGUCGCAGGUCCUCCCGCUCUACGGUUUCCAGCUGGAGGUUGAAGUUCAAUUCGUGGACAUCCAGAGUCCCACGUACUCGAAGAACAAGAAGCCCUGCGAGUUUUGGAUUCGCGGAGCAGGUCGUGGCAUCCUGGAGAGUCCCAAGCACUCGCUGGCCCCGAAUUCCACGUGCCUGUAUCAUCUGCAAGGACUUGGCGUCUUCAAGACCUUUGACCACCUGAGUUUGUCGCGCAGGACGAGCAGUCAAUCCGGGAUGCAUCAGCCACUUUCCCGGUUUAAGGUGUGGAUUUCCAUUCUGAAGUUCAACUUGGACCCGGAAUUUGGCCAGAUAGAUGAGACAUCGGUGGGGGCAAUUGGAGUGUUGCAAACGCAGGAGGAUUGCAGCGGAAUGCUCCGCAUCUGGGAUGGAACUCUAAGGGAUGCACCCGUGUGCAAAGACUUGAACUGUGCCAGCGAAACGAGUAGCUAUAAUACUCUGGGUCACUAUGCUCACAACUCCACCAAUGUGAUAGCCAGAUUUUGUCGGGGCACUAUACCCCGCACCUGUGAUCGCUCCAAUAUUAAUGAGACCUACGCCAGGCCCUGUACAAUAUCCGAGAGCUAUGUGUCCAGCAGCGAUGCCAUCACGCUAGAGCUGCGUAACACCGAAUCCACAGUACUAAGACCACUGGAUUUCAAGCUGAAGUACGAGUUCAUAGACCUGCAUCAGGAUGGUUUGCCCUGGGGAGGCGGGGAACAUGAUUGCAACCGCAAGUUCCUCAGCAGCAUGAUGGAUCGCAAGGAUCCAGCCAUUUUCCGUAGCGUCCGCAAUAUAUUUCUAUUCGGAAGAGGAGGCACUAGGAACCUGAAAUGCAUCUACAAAUUCGAGGCGCAACGUGGGGAACGGGUCAGAAUCAAGAUGAGAAAAGUGACAACUACCAAUAGAGCUUGCUAUUCCCGUGUUGAUGAGGAUAUCAAUCGAUCUUUUUGCUAUGGGGAUACGAAUGUCAGAAUUGAGAUCUUUGAGCGGCCCUAUCACGAUUCAAUUCUACUUCAUCGUGGCUGCAUGUGCAACUCCUCCAACCAAUCCCACCUGCCAGUGGAGUACACAUCUACAAGUCGCGACGUGGAGGUGCACUUCAUUGCCCAAAACAUGACCACCUUGGAUGAUCCGGACACGGUUAAUUUCGAGGGCAUGUUCGAGUUUGUCAAGGCGCCAACAAGUUGCAAGGAUGGUCGCCGGAAGUUCGGACCCAGUGGCACCAUAGAUAUGACCUUUGGAGAUGUGGAGUGCCGCUCAAGACCCUGGCUGAUUGAGCCUUCAAAUGGCAAUAAAUUCUUGUAUGUGCGACUGAAGGCUAUAUUCUUGAGUAAACACAAUCCCAUGAAGACUCUGAACACCACCUAUGUUCAAACAGAUUCUUGGAGAUGUGAGACCAAGUCGAGGGCUGUGCUGACCACUUCAGAGGGUCUAACCAUUGUGGCCUGCCCACUGAGUCCGGACUCAAGUGCCUAUGAGUUUGUGGAGAUUUUCAGCUCCGGUUGGAAUGAGAGACCCAAUUUUGCGCUUAUCAAUCGAUCUAGGGCCAUCAGCGUAGAGUUUCUACGUCCUGGCAAUGGCGAGUACUCCUUUAACUGGAUGGAAUUGAUUCCGCGACCCACACUAAGUAUUGCCGAGGACUGCCAGUUUAAAUGUGCAGAACUGGCUGCCUGUGUGAACGCAAGUGUUUGGUGCGAUGGCGUUGUCCAUUGUCCUUCCGGAGAUGAUGAGACCUUCUUGCAGUGCUCGGCCUUAAUGAAACUGCCCGCCGAGAUCUUGGCCACCCUUUGCCUGAUCUUUGUGCUCUCGUGUUGUGCUUUCGCUGCCUUUGCCUACAAGAAAAUCAAACGGAAGCUGCGCGGCUCCUCGGUGCUGCAGACGCGACUCAAAUCGCUCAGCUCAAUGGACACGGCCGUAUUGGAUGAAAAGGAGAAAAAACCCGUCGUUGAGACCAAGAUCUAAGGCUCGGGGAUCAAAGCAAAGCAAAAUGCCCGGCCUGGCCAAAAAGGAGGGAGCAGGGAUCAGGGACU